AUGCGGAUGACGACACCAAUUUUUGACAAUCGAGUCAAGCUUUCUAGCACCAAACGCGAAAAAACCUUCAACGUGACAUUGGAUGUCAAGAAGACAAGACCUGCUAGACAAGCAAAGAUCCAGCAGGAAAGGUCAGAUGAUGGAGCUGGCGGGGCCCCCAGAAUUGCUCCCAUCACCCAGGGCUGGGAGACUGCUCGGAAGGAGCCGCGGGAGCCAUUUAAACCCGAGAUCACGCUGUGGCUUGAAAGGCCAGCUCUGCCUCGUGAACACCUGUUUAAUUUGAAGUUUGCUGCAAAGGAGCUCAACAGAAACUCAAAAAAAUGUGACAAAGAAGAAAAGGCUGAGAAAGCUAAAAUUAAGAAGGCAAUUCAGAAGGGUAACAUGGAAGUCGCACGAAUACACGCGGAGAACGCGAUCCGCCAGAAGAAUCAAGCCAUCAACUUCUUGCGCAUGAGUGCCAGGGUAGACGCUGUAGCUGCCAGAGUUCAGACUGCAGUGACAAUGGGCAAGGUAACGAAGUCGAUGGCAGGAGUAGUUAAGUCUAUGGAUGCCACACUGAAGAGCAUGAACUUGGAAAAGAUAUCUGCACUAAUGGAUAAAUUUGAGCAUCAGUUUGAAACACUAGACGUUCAGACACAACAGAUGGAAGACACAAUGAGCAACACUACCACGCUAACGACGCCACAAAACCAAGUGGAUAUGCUUCUACAAGAAAUGGCAGAUGAAGCAGGUCUUGAUCUGAACAUGGAACUACCUCAGGGACAGACAGGUUCUGUUGGUACAAGUGUUGCCUCAGCAGAACAGGAUGAGCUGUCACAGAGAUUGGCCCGCCUUCGUGAUCAAGUUUAAGUUUAACGGAGCUGUGGUUCUUUUAUCCCAGGUGCAGGCAGUGAUGCCACUCACAGCUCUCUUCUGCCAACCUCUAGUUUCUGUUCACAGGGAGCUCCUGCUCUCCAUUUUUGUAGAUUCAAGCGGAGGAGCCUUAUAUGAAGUAACUGAAGCCUGCUUUUCUGCAUUCCUCCUCACUCCAUCUUUGCUUUUAAUCUUGUCACUUUUUUAUAUGUAAAGACAAGUCUUGUAAUGCAGCUUGGUGUUCUUCCAUAUAUGAAAAAUACAGAAGUGCUCUUCCUCAGGUUCACAUCUUCCCAGUCCUCCCUCUCUUCUCUAGCCAGGGCACUCCCUUAGCUCAGCCUUUCCUCCUCUGCACCUCACAGCAGGUGGGGUGUGGAUGAGCAGCGUAGGCCGGCUCGCUCAAAGGGAGUUCUGUUGGAUUAAGAACAGCCACAUAUAUUUUUUGAGCUAUAGUGUUGCUCUCUGCAGAUAAAAUGCCAUAAUCUGUAAUACUGUUGUAGUAUGGAGAAGCUGGUUUGUUUGAGUGAUCCCUUUCUAUCCCUGCACAGUGAGAGAACCUACUGCCUGCGUUCAGUAGCUUCGAACUUGCUGCAGUUGUGAAGUAAAGAAAUGGUUGUAGAAAUUUGUAGCUGAGACUACUUGUGAUGUGUUGUCAUAAACAGUGAUGUUAAAAUUCUCUGACUUUUUGGGCUCAUCUUUUUGUUUUCUCUUUGUAGGAGUGAGGAAAGGUGUGAAGCGCUAGACUUGGAAUUAGUUCUUAAUCUGCUGGUGUUCAGGAUCACGUGGGUUUUCCAGUGGUGGGGAAAUAUUUAAGUAAAAAAAAAAAUACUUCAUUUUUUUAGUCAAGCGGAAUUUUGUCAGUGAAAACGCUGAAACAUUUCAGAGCAGUUUCAAACUGCAUUUUGAUUGUGUUACUCAAAUCACUUUGAAGGUUUAGCAGGAUGUUACAUACUGAAGUAUUCAAGGCUACUGUCAAAAUAAGGAAAAUAAGAUAGACAUAACAACCUAAAAUGUUUUGUGGAAUUGUCUCUCUCUCACUGGUGGCCGAAACUAAACCAAUUUGUUUAAAAUAGGGUCUUUUCACUUGUUUACAUUUAUUUUCAAUGCAGCUUUCUCUCAAACACCUUGAACGUUAUUCCUGUAAAUUGGAAGGUGUUUAAAAACCGUGUCCUCACAGCUGUAGUCUUGGUACAAUUCUUUCAAAUUACUAAUAAAACACCUUAGGUAAGGGGCUAUAUACAAUUUUUUUUUUUUUUUUUUUUUUUUUUUUUUUUUUGUUUUCUCUAGCUCCUUCUGAACAAAACAUAAUGGUGUAUCUAUGCAACCAGGUUACCCACAACUGUGGUAACUGCUUGUGUGUGUGCCUUUGCCUUGCUGAACUUACAUCAUUUUUCUGAUAUUCAGUUACUUCAUAUCACGAUAGGAUUGGAAACUUGCUGUUGUGUAAUAAAUCCACAUCUGAGUUUACUUUGCAGCUGCUUGUUGAUGAAGCUGUGCCAUAAAGCACUUGAGGUUUUCGGUUUUUGAUAUUAGACAACUUCAGCUAGCUUGCCUGGCUUAUUUUAAUGUUAAAGAUUAUGCUGCUUUUAGACUGUUCCUGGCUAUUCUUCAACUAUUUGAGGGGGUAGACAGCAAUUCUGAGAUCCCGUGUGUUUGAUUUUCGGAGUAUCUUGUCUUGCCGUGAGCCUCCGGGCUUUGGAGGAACUUAAAAAUAAAGGGAGAUGAGACUGAUUAGAUUGCUGCAAAGUAAAUGUUAAAUCAGCUUAUCUGACCGGCUAUACACAGCCCGUUUCAUAGUUUUGAUCUUAUCCCAGGCUACUGCUAACUCCAGUACCAGAAUAGGUCUCCAGUAUCAUUUUUUAAAAGCGAUUAACAAGUAAACAUAAAGGCUUGAUUGACAUAAUGUUACCUCUGUGGGACCAUGAUACAAAAAGGUGAGCAGGCUUAGCUGACUUGGGGUAGGAAGACGUGUUUGAAACAAGGAAUUUUUGCCCUGCUGACUUUACUCAGAGAAUUGCUGCGUAUUACAGCGGGGCCAGGAUUUUGUACUGGCUGCUUCUGCGUACAGAGCAACUGCCCUCUCCUGGGGAGAAUUUGUUUCUCUCUGGAAGCACUUGUGGGUGAGAGCUGGUGUUUAGAAAGUUUUAACGGUUACAUUUUUGAUGUAUAUGUUUUUCUCGCGUCUUUUGGAAGUGCUUAAAACUGGAAGUUACUCUUAGAGCAAUAUUUGAGUUUCACAUCCUUCCUCCAUUCAGGCUCUCCUCAAAACAUUUGCUCUUUUCUGAAGAACUGGCUCCUCACUCCUACACUGCUGGUGUUUCUCCUCAGUUGACUGUGUGUGUAGAAGUUCAUUUCAUGUUAAAUAAAUGGUAUGUGCUUUUAUGUAACCUUAUUAGGAGAUAAUAUUUCAAUAUUUAUGAUUCUGAGCAGGCACCUCUGAAGUGAAACAUUGCUUGAAAUGUUGCAAGAUGGUAUUGCUCGACAUUUUUUUUUUCCUCGGUUACUAAAACUGCUAGUGUACAGUAGCAUUAGCCUUCAUCUGAAUUCCAGAAAAAGCCAUGAAGAGCUUCAGAUGAAAGGAGAGGGAAGGGAAGGAAAAGAAGAACAAGAAGUUUCUCGGUUGCAAUGGGAUAAACUGAUCAAGUUGCCUUUGUGGAGAUCCUCAGAGCCAAAAAAUAGUGAGAUUUUGUUAAAUAUAAUCAGCAAUUGUGUAUAGAAAUAAAUUCUGAAGCUGGUGACGUGUAUAGAAAAGAGAAUAAUUUUUGUAGCUCUGGUAGAGUUCAUUUUGAAAACUGCUUUACUUGUACGGGACGGUUUGUAAAUGUAACUGCAAGUGGCAAAUAAAACUGUACAGACACGUA